UGAUCUCAGUGAGAACCAGAUUCGGGUUCCCAGGAAAGCCUUCAGGGGAGCCGUAGAAAUAAAGAACCUCCAGCUGGAUUAUAACCAGAUCAGCUGUAUAGAGGACGGAGCGUUCAGAGCUCUACGAGACCUGGAAGUACUAACUCUGAACAACAACAAUAUAAGUCGUCUGUCGGUGGCUAGUUUCAACCACAUGCCCAAACUGAGAACCUUUCGUCUCCACUCCAACAACCUGUUCUGCGACUGUCACGUGGCCUGGUUGUCAGAGUGGUUGAGGCAGCGUCCCCGUCUGGGUCUCUACACACAGUGCAUGUCCCCUCCUACAAUGAGGGGACACAACGUGGCUGAGGUCCAGAAGAAAGAGUUUGUUUGCACAGGCCACCAGUCCUCCCUCUCCUGCAGUGUUCUCCAGUGUCCGGACUCCUGUACCUGCAGUAACAACAUAGUGGACUGUAGAGGAAAGAGCCUUUCUGAGAUACCUGACAACCUGCCUGAGACCAUCACAGAGAUUCGGUUGGAACAGAAUUCUAUCAAGGCUAUUCCUGCUGGAGCCUUCUCUCCUUACAAGAAGCUACGCAGAAUAGAUCUCAGUAAUAACCAGAUAUCAGAACUGGCACCAGAUGCUUUCCAAGGCCUGAGAUCUCUCAACUCUCUGGUGCUCUACGGGAAUAAGAUCACGGAAAUCUCCAAAGGAUUGUUGGAGGGACUGUUUUCUCUUCAGCUACUGCUGUUGAAUGCUAAUAAGAUAGCGUGUCUGCGUGUCGAUGCGUUCCAAGACCUUCACAACCUCAACUUGCUCUCUCUAUACGACAACAAACUACAGACCAUCGCUAAGGGAACGUUUGCUUCACUACGAGCCAUACAGACCCUCCACCUCGCCCAGAACCCAUUUAUCUGUGACUGCCAUCUGAAGUGGUUGGCAGACUACCUCCAAGACAACCCGAUUGAGACCAGCGGAGCUCGCUGCACCUCCCCCCGUCGCCUCGCCAACAAACGCAUCGGACAGAUCAAGAGCAAGAAGUUCCGCUGUUCAGCUAGAGAACAGUAUAUCUUCCCAGGUACGGAGGACUACCGCAGUAAGCUGGGAGGAGACUGUUUUGCCGACCUGGCCUGUCCGGAAAAGUGUCGAUGCGAAGGGACCACGGUUGACUGUUCCAACCAGAAGCUGACCAAGAUACCUGAACACAUCCCUCAGUACACACAGGAACUUCGUCUGAACAACAAUGAGUUUUCAGUGCUGGAGUCUCUGUCUCUCCAUAGUAACCUCAGUAACAACCGUAUCAGUGACAUAGAGGAGGGGACAUUUGAAGGAGCGACGGGAGUCAAUGAGUUGAUCCUGACUUCUAACAGACUGGAAAACAUCCACCAGGGCAUGUUACAGGGUCUCAACGGACUACGCACACUUAUGUUGAGGAGUAACCGUAUUAGGUGUGUUAGUAACAGCAGCUUUGUGGGUCUGAGUUCUGUCAGACUGCUGUCACUCUAUGACAACCUGAUCACCUCUAUGACCCCGGGAGCCUUCGACACACUACACGCGCUGUCCACACUGAACCUGCUGGCCAAUCCCUUCAACUGUAACUGUCACCUGGCAUGGCUUGGUGAUUGGCUGAGGAGGAAGCGUAUCGUCACGGGCAACCCCCGCUGUCAGAACCCUUACUUCCUGAAAGAAAUCCCUAUACAGGAUGUAGCCGCACAGGACUUCACCUGCGACGACGGUAAUGAUGAGAACAGUUGUAGUCCAGUGUUGAGGUGUCCUGCAGAAUGCAGCUGUCUGGAUACAGUGGUUCGCUGUAGUAACAAGGGCCUCAGCACCCUGCCUAAAGGACUGCCCAAGGACACCACAGAACUGUAUCUGGAUGGUAACCAACUCACACAGGUUCCAGUGGAACUCUCAAAUUACAAGCACUUAACACUCAUUGAUCUGAGUAACAACCAAAUCAGCACGUUGUCCAACUACAGCCUGAGCAACAUGACAGAACUACUGACACUAAUCCUAAGCUACAACCGUUUGAGGUGCGUACCAGUCAGGGCCUUCGAUGGACUCAAGUCUCUACGGUUACUGUCUCUCCAUGGAAACGACAUAUCUGUGAUACCGGAGGGAGCUUUCAAAGACCUGGCCUCGCUCUCUCACCUGGCUCUGGGGGCCAACCCCCUGUACUGUGACUGUAGGAUGCAGUGGCUGUCUGACUGGGUGCAGAGUGGGUAUAGGGAACCGGGUAUCGCCCGCUGUGCCGGUCCUGGAGACAUGACAGACAAACUACUGCUGACCACACCGUCCAAGAAGUUCACCUGCACAGGUCCUCUAGAUGUGAGUAUCCAGGCGAAGUGUGACCCGUGUCUCUCCAACCCCUGUCACAACGACGGUACCUGCUCCAACCACCCCGUCACCUUCUACCGCUGUAGCUGCCCCUACGGAUUCAAGGGUCAGGACUGCGAGGAACCUCUCCAUGCCUGUAUCGGUAACCCCUGUCAGAACGCUGGUACCUGUCAUCUGAAAGAAGGGGAACGCAGUAACUCCUGGUGUGUGUGUGGAGGGUUUGCGGAGGGGGGGGAUGUGUGUGAGAUCAACGUUGACGACUGUGAAGACAACGACUGUGAGAACAACUCAACCUGCGUCGACGGAGUCAACAACUACACCUGCAUGUGUGGCCUGGAGUACACAGCUGCUACCAAUGAGGUGGAGAGAGGUGAGCUGUGUGAGGAGAAAUUUGAUUUCUGUGCUCCAGAGUUGAACCCCUGCCAGCACGACUCCAAAUGCAUCCUGACCCUUCAGGGGUACAAGUGUGAGUGUACCCCAGGCUACGUGGGGGAUCAGUGUGAGCUGGACUAUGAUGACUGUGAGGAGAACAAGUGUCAGAACGGAGCUCAGUGUAUUGAUGCGGUCAACGGAUACACCUGUGUCUGUCCUGAGGGAUACAGCGGUCUGUUCUGUGAGUUCUCUCCUCCCAUGGUUCUGCCGCGCACCAGUCCCUGUGACGACCACGAGUGUAUGAACGGAGCGCAGUGCGUUGUCGUGGAGACGGACCCCCGCUGUCAGUGUCUCCAUGGUUACGAGGGCGAGUGGUGUGAGACGCUAGCCAGUGUCAACUUUGUCAACCGACGGUCUUACCUGCAGCUGCCCUCUAGUCUAAUCACACCUGAGACAAACAUCACACUACAGAUUGCUACAGAUGAGGACAGUGGUGUGUUGCUGUAUAAAGGAGACAAGGACCACAUUACCAUAGAGUUGUAUAGAGGACGUCUCCGUGUCAGCUACCACACUGGAACAAACCCUGCCUCUGCUAUAUACAGUGUGGAGACAGUAAAUGAUGGUGUAUUCCAUGUGGUAGAGUUGGUGGCAUCAGAUCAGACUGUGUCUCUGUCUAUUGAUGGAGGACCAGUCAAGUCUAUCAACUCUCUGAGUAAACAGUCAACACUCAGCAUCGAUUCUCCUCUAUACCUGGGAGGUAUGCCAGAUCGUUGGUCAGUCUCUGCAGCGCUGCAGUCUGGAGUUGGGGGGCAGAACGGGACCAGCUUCCACGGCUGUCUCAGGAACCUCUACAUCAACGGACAGCUGCAGGAUCUGGGGGCCGGGCUGGAGCAGGGACAGACUGGGGUUGAAGCGGGAUGCCAGCCAUGCCAGGCAGGUGUGUGUGGCCAGGGUGAGUGCCACCCAACCGGUCAGAGAGGCUUCUCCUGUACCUGCCACCCUGGGUGGACCGGAGACCGUUGUCAGGACCAGGUCAACAACCCCUGUGAUGGGAACAAGUGUAUCCAUGGUUCAUGUCUUCCUAUCAAUUCCUACUCCUACUCCUGUCGCUGCCAGCCAGGAUUCCUCGGGGUGCUGUGUGACGAGGCAGACCAGGAAGUGCUGGACCCCUGUCAGCUGACCAGGUGUAAACAUGGGAAAUGUAGGCUGUCUGGCCUGGGCAAGGCCUACUGUCAAUGUAACCCAGGAUACAUGGGGGACGCCUGCGACAGAGAGGUGGUCUGUCGAGGGGAACGGCUCCGAGCUGUCUACCAGCUCCAGAGGGGCUAUUCGGCGUGUGAAACCCAGGAGAAGGUCUCCCGUCUAGAGUGCCGUGGCUCCUGUCCGGAGGGGGCUGAAGGGGGGGGCGGGAGCGGCUGCUGCUCCCCUUUACGUUCCAAACGCAGGAAAUACACCUUCCACUGCACCGACGGCUCCUCCUUCGUACAGGAAGUGGAGAAGGUGGUGAAGUGCGGCUGUACAAAGUGUCCUCCCUCGUAAAACGUCCCCCCUUUACCCUAGGAUGAAAGGUUCCCCCUCCUGUUCCUGCUACUGUCUCUCUCUGGAAGGAAACCCAUCCCUCUCUCCUCCUCCGACCUCAUCCCCCUCUCCUCCUCCUCCUCCGACCUCAUCUCCUCCUCCAACCUCAUCCCCCGCUCCUCCUCCGACCUCAUC